AAAGACACACAGGGAGAGAGUCUCAGCCUCGCCGCUGCCGCCCAGAGACUGCUGAGCCCCGUCCGUCCGCCUCCACCUACUCCGGACACAGAACAUCCAGUCAUGGAUAAAAACGAGCUGGUACAGAAGGCCAAACUGGCCGAGCAGGCUGAGCGAUAUGAUGACAUGGCAGCCUGCAUGAAGUCUGUAACUGAGCAAGGAGCUGAAUUAUCCAACGAGGAGAGGAAUCUUCUCUCAGUUGCUUAUAAAAAUGUUGUAGGAGCCCGUAGGUCAUCUUGGAGGGUCGUCUCCAGUAUUGAGCAAAAGACAGAAGGUGCUGAGAAAAAACAGCAGAUGGCUCGAGAAUACAGAGAGAAAAUAGAGACCGAGCUAAGAGAUAUCUGCAAUGAUGUACUGUCUCUUUUGGAAAAGUUCUUGAUCCCCAACGCUUCACAAGCAGAGAGCAAAGUCUUCUAUUUGAAAACGAAAGGAGACUACUACUGCUACUUGGCUGAGGUUGCAGCUGGUGAUGACAAGAAAGGGAUUGUGGAUCAGUCGCAGCAAGCAUACCAAGAAGCUUUUGAAAUCAGCAAAAAGGAAAUGCAACCAACACAUCCUAUCAGACUGGGUCUGGCCCUUAACUUCUCUGUGUUCUACUAUGAGAUUCUGAACUCCCCUGAGAAAGCCUGCUCUCUUGCAAAGACAGCAUUUGAUGAAGCCAUUGCUGAACUUGAUACAUUAAGUGAAGAGUCAUACAAAGACAGCACGCUAAUAAUGCAGUUACUGAGAGAUAACUUGACAUUGUGGACAUCGGAUACCCAAGGAGGCGAAGCUGAAGCAGGAGAAGGAGGGGAAAAUUAACCUGCCUUCCAACUUUUGUCUGCCUCAUUCUAAAAUUUACACAGUAGACCAUUUGUCAUCCAUGCUGUCCCACAAAUAGUUUUUUGUUUACGAUUUAUGACAGGUUUAUGUUACUUCUAUUUGAAUUUCUAUAUUUCCCAUGUGGUUUUUAUGUUUAAUAUUAGGGGAGUAGAGCCAGUUAACAUUUAGGGAGUUAUCUGUUUUCAUCUUGAGGUGGCCAAUAUGGGGAUGUGGAAUUUUUAUACAAGUUAUAAAUGUUUGGCAUAGUACUUCUGGUACAUUGUGGCUUCACAAGGGCCAGUGUUAAAACUGCUUCCAUGUCUAAGCAAAGAAAACUGCCUGCAUAUUGGUAUGUCCUGGUGGGGAAUAAAAGGGAUAAUUGGUUCCAAUCACAGGUGUAGUUGUGGGUACUUUUUAGGUUUGGAGCAUUUACAAAGCUGUAGUAGAAAUGGAUAUCCCAUGGAUAUUGCAUGUUAAACCAUGUGUUAUCUGUGGAAUACUCAGACUCAGUGUGCACACCGUUGACUGCAGCUAUAGAAGUGUUCCUUUAGUUGUGACCCAAUUUACUCUGGAUAAGGGCAGAAACGGUUCACAUUCCAUUAUUUGUAAAGUUACCUGCUGUUUGCUUUCAUUAUUUUUGCUACACUCAUUUUAUUUGUAUUUAAAUGUUUUAGGCAACCUAAGAACAAAUGUACAAGUAAAGAUGCAGUAAAAAUGAAUUGCUUGAUAUUCAUUACUUCAUGUAUAUCAAGCACAGCAGUAAAACAAAAACCCAUGUAU